GCCGCCACGCUGCGCCACUGUUCUACCUUUCAGCAGAGUCUUAACAGUCUAACUUACAUUAGAGCAUUAGAGGUGGGCGACUUCAGCUAGUCGGUUUGUCUGCUCCGCCAAGUUUGAUUUCGGUAACCUUGUUUUACACGGAGAAACAAGUGGUUUCGAGUUAUUGUUGCUUGUGUGUGACAAGUCCUCGAUACUGUGCUCCUCCUGAGGAUAAUUUCAACGUAACAACACUUCAAUAACUCAGCCAUGGCGAGUAUGGUAGCUGUAGGACCCGAUAGCUGCAUCGUGACAUGUCCUUCUUGUCACGCUACGGUCUCCACUAGAGCCGUGAAGCAGACAACGAGCAGGACACACCUGUGUGCCUGUAUCUUGUGUAUUUUUACAUGUUGCCUGUGCGCAAUAUGUCCUUACUGUUGCGACUGUUGCAAAGUGACCAACCACUACUGUCCAAGCUGCAACACCUUCCUGGGCACCUAUGACCACUGAUGCAGCACUUGCAGCUCUUGUGGGCCGCAGAGCCCACUCACAUUCCUAUUUGUCCUAUGUGUUAGUAUUUGUUGUCGUUCUUUUGACAUUUAUUAUUUUAACUACAUUGUAUAACUGUAACUUCUUAUAUUCUUAAGUGUAGGAGUGUCUCUUAAAAAUGCCAUUGAUUCUUUAUAGGACUUUUCAUUUUUUUUUCAUUGUUAAUUUAUUUCUCAGAGAUGAAAACAAUCCUCAAGAGGUCAAUGAGGGUAUUUUUGGCUGGUACUAUUUUAAUUUAUACUGUGUAGUAAUCAGUAUGAACAUUUUUCUCUGAUGAAUUAAAUGUAGCACAAAAAUCAAUACAUUUACAACCUUAAAAUUGACAAAUACAAUACUAAAAUUGUAGCUGUUUUCAAAACAAAAUAUUAUUAGUGGUACUACUAUUCCAUGUUUAAUUACGUUACAUCAAUAUUUAUAUUUCAGAACAAUUUUGUUGCAUUUUUUACUCUGACCUAUCUGCUAUUCAACAACUCUUGUUUCAGCCAGUUUAAUUAGUAUUUUAGUUUUUCUGAACGAGGAAUAGAUUUAUUUCAUAUAAAUACAUAGGAUUAAGUAAUAAUGUGCCUUAAAUAAUGAUACACCAAUAUAAAAAUAAUUAACAAAUACAUAUUGAAUUAAUGAAAAUGUCACAAAAGAUUUUAGUUUUGUACAAUUUGUUCCGUAUUUCCUAGUUUUUGAACAACGAUGUUUGUAAUUUCAAAAUAUAUUGUGCUUCUUGAGUAAUUUGAAAACACUUUUAAUUGUAUCCAAUAAUGUGCCUUAAAUAAUGAUACACCAAUAUACAAAUACUUAACAUUUAUAUUGAAUUGAUAAAAUUGUCACAGAAGAUUUUAGUUUUGUAAAACGUGUUCCGUAAUCCUAGAUUUUAUACAAAAAUGUUUGUAAUUUCAAAAUAUAUUGUGCUUCUUGGGUAA